UAACUGUGAAUUGGUCGGGCUGGACAUUUGGAUUUUGGAAGGAGGUUGUAGUGUGAACUGGCGCUUGGCGGCGGAGGUGAACGUUAGAACAGGAAUGGGAAAGCCCGGGAAAAAGCAAAAGAACCGACGACCGAAGCCUAGGGCCUUCUACGGCGGUUCCGAUGAAGACGAACACCAACAACAAGAGAAUUGCGAAAUCACCAUUCCUUCGUCUGAUGAAGCAGAGGAGAGUGAAAAAGGAAAUGAUGAUGAUCAAGAACAAGAGCAAGAUCAAGAACAGUCAAGCCUUUGCCCUUCAAAGUUUCUCCUCUAUCAACAAUCCGUCCAGUCGCCCAAGGGGGAUAUAAGCUAUCUACAGAAAUUCUUCCUCAUGUACGUCGGUGGGAGAUCUCCCCUCCAUCUCCAAGAGGAUUUCUGCGGCACCGCUCUUCUCUGUACAGAGUGGCUUCGCAAUGAUCCAAGACGAACUGCUGUAGGAGUGGAUUUGGACCUUGAGGCCCUUACCUGGUGCCUGGAAAACAACGUUAAUAAAAUUGGGGCAGACGGGUGUUCUAGAAUGUCCCUGUUUCAUGGGAAUGUUCUACAGCCUCUCAAUGCCAGAUUAGUCAAGCACAAGCCCCAAGAUCUAAUUGCAAACAUUACACUGAAUGACUGUGAAGAGAGUCCUGAGACAAUUGCCACAGAAUCGACCAUGCAAGUGCACCCUAAUAGUUCGACGGAUGAUGUCACUAAGAUAAACUGUUCACUGUCUGCAAGGGACAUCGUUUGUGCAUUUAAUUACAGCUGUUGUUGCCUCCAUAGGCGUGCAGACCUGAUCUUGUAUUUCAAGCAUGUUCUUGAUACCUUGUCUCAGAGAGGUGGUAUAUUCGUAAUGGACAUUUAUGGAGGCACAUCAUCAGAGCGCAAACUUAGGCUUCAGAGGAGAUUCCCAAACUUUACUUAUGUCUGGGAGCAAGCUGAGUUUGAUAUUAUACAUCGCACAACAAGGAUUAGUCUUCAUUUUCAUCUCCAAAAUCAAAAGAAGAAACUUCGACAUGCAUUCUCUUACAACUGGAGACUGUGGUCAUUGCCCGAAAUCAAGGACUGCUUGGAAGAGGCUGGAUUUCAGUCAGUUCAUUUUUGGAUCCGACAGAUGCCAGAUGCAGGGGAAAUGAGAACUUCAGAAGGACUUUCUGCGGGACGAGACAUUAAGUAUGAGGAGGUGUCAUCUUUCCAACAAGAGGAUGCUUGGAAUGCAUAUAUCAUUGGCGUUGCAAAAUGAUGGUAGUGGUUCUUGGUUUUUAUUCUUAGCAAGAACACAACCUUUCAGGUGUUACUACUGAAUGACUGUUCAAGGUUUCUUUGUCAAAGCUCGUCACUCGUAUCUGCAGUUGAUAAAUGACAGAACCAACUAUUUUGUACCAAGUUACUGUGGCUGUUUCCUUUUUCUUUUGGCAAAAAACCAUUUUCUUGGUUAGGGCUGGAGAAAGAUUGUAAGAAACAAAAAUGUCUAAAACACUAAAGGUUCC